AAGUAAGUGAGUUUAUGCUCUACAGCCUAGAUCAUUAAAUCUUGGAAGAAUUUGAUAAAAAACUAUUAUUUCCAAAGAACCAUAAAGCAACCCUUCAACAAUCUUUAUCUUUAAGAGUGAACACAAUUAUGUUAUGUUAAACAUUUUCUGAAUAUUGUGGCUUUUAAAGUAUUAAUUUCUUCAUUUAUAUAGAUACUGUAUAUUUCAUAUCUCUAGAUAUGAAGAGUCGAUUCCAUGAAGCAGUGCAUCAGGAUGAGGUUCAUCAGUGAAGUUCUGGAUCAUAAAUCAGGAUUAAACUGAUUCAACAGCGUCAGAUAUUCGACAACAGCCGUCAUGUGCGGUUUAACUUCAGCAGUUCACACACACACUCAUUAAACAGCUCACACACACACACGAGGCCUGAAUGUUAGAGAGGAGGUGAAACACAAGCAAGAUGAGGAGAGGCCGGAGAAAAGGAGGCAAUCGGGAUAAAGUGUUCGGAUGUGAUCUUCUGGAUCAUCUGACCUCCACCGCACAAGACAUUCCUCAGGUGUUGCGCAGCUGCGGCGAGUUCAUCGAAGAACACGGGGUCGUGGACGGGAUCUACAGACUGUCUGGAGUUUCAUCCAACACACAGAAACUAAGGAGUGAGUUUGACUCUGAAGGGUCUCCGGAUCUGAAUAAGGACGUGUAUCUGCAGGACAUCCACUGCGUGAGCUCCGUGUGCAAAGCAUAUUUCAGAGAACUGCCCAACCCUCUGCUCACAUACGAGCUGUACGACCGCUUCGCAGACGCGGUGGCUAUUCAGCUGGAGGACGAGCGGCUGGUGAAGAUCCGAGAGGUUCUGAAGGAUUUACCGGCUCUUCACCACAGAACUCUGGAGUAUUUGAUGCGGCAUCUGGUCAAAAUGUCCACGUUUGCAUCCGAGACCAACAUGCACUCCCGAAACCUGGCGAUCGUCUGGGCCCCGAACCUCCUCAGAUCGAAGGACAUCGAGUCGACUGGUUUUAACGGUACGGCGGCGUUCAUGGAGGUCCGGGUUCAGUCCAUCGUGGUCGAGUUUAUUCUCACUCAUGUGGCCGAGCUUUUCCCUGGAACAGGAUUGACGGUGGAGCGCCGGAAGUCUCUCCCGUCUCCCUCGGUUCUGUCCGGGGACGACCACUUCUUCAAGUCUCUCCCUCUGCACUGCCCGGGGAACCUCAGUCCCGGAGACGGGCCUCCAGCCAUGCGCUCCUACCACGCCAUCAUCGACGGCACUGACAAGAGGAAGGGCUCCCUCAAAGGAAGGAAGUGGAAAUCCAUCUUUAAUCUGGGCGGGAGACUCCACGAUCCCCGCAAGAAGAGCAAAUACUGUCCUAAAGACAAAGAGAAGACGACGCUGAGGCCUGCGAAGAGCAUGGACUCGCUGAGCUGCGGCCCGUUCCCAGCCGAAGAUUCGAAGCAUCCUCCAGCUCAUCUUCCUCCUCUGCUUUUGCCCUCGGCCUCGGGCAGCUCGGAGGGCGUGGCUUCUGUCGGCGGGGGCGUGGCUUCGGGCGGAGGGGGCGUGUCUAGCGGAUACGCGGUGACGUACAGGCGGACGGGCGGAGCUCAGGUCAGUAUGGUGAGCGGAGGGACUCCGGGAACGUACAAUCGUCUGGACUCUGGGGGCGGAGCCAACGGGGCCGAGGGGGCGUCGCAGGGCGUGUCCCGAUCGCCAGCCAUGACCAGCAAAGCGGACCGGCGCGCCGGAAUCCACAUCUCCGGGCCUUUUUCCGUGACCGUCCCUCUUCACAUCACAUCCGGACUGGCUCUAGGUGUGUUACACGGCGGCUGGAGCGAGAGAGAGCAAACCGUGGAGGAAGACGAGGACGUAAAGAGCACCGAUGCGAGAAAACACGAUGAUGUUCACGACGAGAGUAAAAGAGAAAUCAGUGGUUGCCAAGAAGAAGGUCAGGUGGAUUGUGGGAAGAAUAUGGCGGAUAUUAAAGAAGAAACUGUCCCAGAAGAAGGAGACGCACCGAGUGACAAAGAAGAUCAGAUUCUGAAUCAAGAGUCGGUGAAGGAGAAGGAAGAAGAUCCAAUGUCAGAAGUCAAAGAGGAAGCCCCAGAUGAGGAUUACAUGGAGAUGAGAAGAAACCUCCCAGCGCCGGUCAGUCCGCGCUUCUACGAGGACAUGGAGUUUCCAGACCAGGACCUUCCAAUGGAUCUACAGGAGGCGUUUGGGUUCUUGGACUCGAUGGACAACUGUGCUUCAAACCAGGUGGAGUUUUCAGUCGAAGCACCUUGUUUUGAAAUGGAAUACGAGGAAGAGGAAGAUCAAAACCAGGAUAAUCGGGCCGUUUCAUGCUCAUUGCAAAACUGCACUAAUGACUCUGAAACACCGGCAGCCAAAAUCAGCAGCCCGUCGUUGACACACAGGCUUAUUCCUGGGAAAUCACACAGUUUGCCUUAUAAGUCCCGGCCCUUCCUACCAGCUCUGUCAUUAUCAUCAGACGACGACUACAGCCCUGGUGAUGAUGAUGAUGAUGAUGAAGAGUCUGAUAAAGGGUCUGAAUAUGAGGACAUGUUUUGUCACAGUCUCCCAUCCAGUCGGUGUUUUCAGGGUCUCUCUUGGUCGGGUCCAGAAACCACCGCUGACGCUCCCGCUAGCAGCGAUGAAGCGGUCCACUGCAGUAACCAAUCAGAACGCUUAGAUGGGAUGCAAAACGUACUUCCUCCAGAGAACAGUAAAGAUGCCGACCAAUCGGAAGACGUGAUUCCUACCGCUCCUACAUUGACAGACAAUAGUGAAAACUCAGUUCAUCUCAGUUCAAGUGUAUUAAAGACGGAUGAAAACAAGAAAGAAGAGGAUGCUGGGAAUGAGAAACACACGUUGAUAAGGGAAGAUGAAGCCAGUGACGAGGACACGUAUUUUGGACCGGACUCGAUACCUUCUUCACCAGAGCCCGAAAAAACUGCGGCCAAUGAGCUUCCAGGUGCGGAUGUUGGCGGUUACCGUGGUAACAGUGAGGUGAUGAUCAAUGAGCUCACUGUUGUCGACUGCAUCUCACUGGCUCCUCGAGAUCAACCAUCGGAGAAACAAACGGCGAUUAUGAGCGAGCGAGAGACUGAGGAUGAGAAGAGUGAGGAAACGCAGUCAGAAGGGUUGAAAGAGUGUGAGAACAGCAUCAACAGAGCCGAUACAGGGGAAGGAAAGUGUGACGAUGAUGAAGAACAUGCAAAGACUGGAUCAGUUGGAGAAUCUAGUGAUGAGAAAGAAGUGAGCGCGACUGAAAGUAGAGAAGAUUUGGAGGGAAAUAGUGGCGAGGAGAAAGAGGAAAAUUCAACGGUUGAAUCUGUAAAGGAAAGACAACAAGAUUUAAGAAAGGAAGAUUUACUGGAAAAUAGUGGAGAAUGUGAAGAAGAAAAUGCAACGGAUGAACCUGUAAAAGGAGAACAAGAUGAGAGAAAGGAAGAUUCAGUGGAAAACCAUGAGCGAAACCCUGAGGAGGACGUGAGCGUAAAAACAGAAGGUUUUGCCGAGGUGAACAUUGAGGAGAGCGUUGAAGGAAGAGAAGGUCCAGAUGAUCCCGAAGCGGAUGAGAUUCAGCCUGAAGAAAACGAAAGCAUCUCAUCAACGGCUCCCAAACGCUCGGCGAAUCAAGUCAAAGCGGUUCCCGCCGUCCCACCCAAACCUCAGAACUCGAAGCUCACGGCCUUCGCGCUCCGACAGCAGUUCGAGCACAGACACACGGCGCCGGCGGACGGACCGCACGAGGAGAGAGGAGCGGAGGAGCCGCAGAGCGAGGAGGACGAGCGGCCGGGGAGCUGGGACGGCGUGGUGGACCGGAGGAAAGAUCUGCACAGGGAAGCGGAGAGAGAGGGCAAGAGGAACAGCGGCGUCAGCAUGUGUUUCGAUGAAGCCGUCGCGCGCGCCACGGUGAAGAGGAGCAGAGAGAGAGAAAACACGGACCGCUUGUCCGGCGCGCACUGGGACAGCAGGAAAGAGGGGAAAACUGACUAA